AUGAAGCGCGAUACGGAUCCCGUCUUGACCAUCGACGAAAUUUGCCACCAGAAUGAAGUCUAUUAUCCAACUCUUCAGAAUACCCAUCUUUCAAAUAUGCAGAAAUUCUGGCAGAUGUACAGGAAGUCGAUCGAGGAACCGGAAAUGUUUUGGGGUGAGGUCAUGACGGAAUUCUAUUGGAAGUCCGGUCCCAAAGGAGAAUUUUGGAGUUAUAAUUUCGACUUGAGGAAAGGACCCAUACACAUCAGUUGGUUGAAGGGUGCCGUCACUAACAUCACUUACAAUUUACUCGAGAGGAAUAUAGAAAGAGGUUUAGGAGAUUCUGUCGCAUUUUACUGGGAAGGAAAUGAUCCUGAAGAAUCUUCCAAUAUCACAUACAAGCAAUUAUUGCAGAAAGUUUGCAAAUUUUCCAACGUUUUGAAAAAUAAAGGGGUGAAGAAAGGUGAUUGCGUCGCCAUAUACAUGCCUAUGAUACUCGAACUUAUUAUUGCUAUGUUGGCUUGUGCGAGGAUUGGGGCAGUACAUGCCAUUGUUUUUGGAGGUUAUUCCGCCGAAGCGUUGGCUGGUAGGAUCUUAGAUGCUAGGUGCCCAGUGCUUAUAACUGCGGAUGGUGUCUGGAGAGGAACGAAGUUAAUUAAUUUGAAAGAAAUUGCGAAUUCUGCAGUCCAAAAGUGCUUACAGAGUGGACACAGGCUAACUGCUACAAUAGUAGUGUUAAGUAUCGGAAUUCCUAAACGUAACGGAGAUUCGAGCAAUUAUUUAAUGAGAGAUUCGACGAGACAAUUAGGAAAACGACCCGUCGUAGAUCUAAUGACACCGUGGGAUCCAGAUAUAGACGCGUGGUGGCAUUUAGAAAUGUCCAAAGUUUCCUCUUCCUGUGAACCCGAAUGGAUGGAUGCAGAAGAUUUGUUAUUUCUGCUAUACACUAGUGGUUCCACCGGAAAACCAAAAGGAAUCGCUCAUACAAUAGGAGGUUACAUGAUUCAAGCGGCUUUAAGUUUUAAAUACGUGUUCGACUUUCAUCCAGGCGAUGUAUUCUUUUGCACUGCAGAUAUAGGAUGGCUGACUGGUCACACGUAUACAGUUUAUGGUGCUUUGCUCAACGGUGCUUCAUCUAUUAUUUACGAAGGAGUACCUUGUCAUCCAGAUCCUGGUAGAUACUGGAAGAUCGUCGAUAAGUAUAGCGUAUGUCAGUUCUACACCGCUCCGACUGUUCUGAGAACUCUGAUGAAGUAUAGUGACACUUACGUGAAGAAAUACAAUAGAGAAUCUUUACACGUCUUGGGUAGCGUCGGAGAACCCCUAAAUCCUGAAGUUUGGUUGUGGUAUUAUCACGUUGUUGGCAAUGGAAAUUGUUCCAUCGUCGACACAUUCUGGCAAACUGAAAGUGGAUCUCACGUGCUAACUUCCCUACCUGGAUGUACUCCUAUGAAGCCCGGUUCCUCUACUUUUCCGUUUUUUGGCGUGGUUCCUGCGCUGGUAGAUGAGGAUGGAAAAGAGAUUGAAGGAGCAGGAAGAGGGAAUUUGGUGUUUCGUCAGCCGUGGCCUUCCAUGUUUAGAACUAUUUAUGAAAAUCAAGAGCGUUACGAGCUUACUUAUUUUACGAAAUUUCCUGGUUACUACUUCACGGGAGACGGAGCGGUACGCGAUUCCGACGGAUAUUACUGGAUCAUAGGAAGAACUGACGACAUGUUGAACGUGUCUGGUCAUUUGCUAUCAACGUCUGAGCUAGAAUCUGUUUUGAUUGAACAUAAAAAUGUCGUGGAAACGGCCGCAGUCGCCUGCCCUCAUCCCAUUAAAGGCGAAUGCUUAUAUUGCUUUAUAGUCGUUAAAGAUAAAUUAGCAAUCAAUGAAGACUUAAUAAAAGAACUAAAGCAGAAAGUAAGAGAGAAAAUAGGGUCAUUUGCUACUCCAGAAUACUUUCACUUCACUGACGAAUUACCCAAGACGAGAUCAGGGAAGAUCAUGAGGAGAAUUUUGAGAAAAAUCGCUACGAAUGAUGGAAAUUUAGGGGAUGUCAGCACAUUAGCUAAUGAAUCGAUUAUUGAAGACCUGAAGAAUCCUUUAAAGUCCAAAGUAUAUAAAUUAUCCACUUAUUUUUCCAGUUAAAUGUGAUUUUGUAUAUCUUUCCCUAUGCAUAUAUCAUUUUAAACCUAUGUAAAUUUGAUAGUGGGUUGGACUAUAAGUAUAUUUAUAUAAAAGUAUUGUACGCAUGUAAACCUAUAUAUAUAUAUAUAAGUUAUAUAUUUAUAUAUAUAAUAAACUAAAAGGUAAAUAAAUGAAAAGAAAGAAUUUUGAAUCUGAUGAUGUACAGCACUUGAAUAUUGGAUGAUAAAUCUUUCCAUUAUCAGGAAAAAGAAAGGUGAUAAAUUCUUAAGGUUACCAACCAAAGAUUGUAUUAGUUAUUGCCUAAAUAAAGUAAUUAUUAAGUUUAUUUAUGUAUUUU